GGGGUCAUGACGCCACCGCGGGGCCGGGCAGGGCGGUGCGGGCAGUGUCAUGGCGGCGCCGCUGCGGGACCGGCUGAGUUUCCUGAGCCGGCUGCCGGUGCUGCUGCGGGGCACGGCCGACGACGACACCCCGUGCCCCGGGUACCUGUUCGAGGAGAUUGCCAAGAUCUCCCACGAGUCCCCCGGGAGCAGCCAGUGCCUGCUGGAGCACCUCCUCACGCGGCUGCAGAGCAGCUCCUGCCACGUCAAGCUGAAGGUGCUGAAGAUCCUGCUGCACACCUGCUCCCAGGGCUCCCCCCAGUUCGUGCUGCAGCUGAAGAGGAACGCGGGCUUCAUCCGCGAGGCUGCGGUGUUCUCCGGGCCCCCCGACCCCCUGCACGGCAACAGCCUGAACCAGAAGGUGCGGGCGGCUGCACAGGACCUGGCCAGUGUUCUCUUCUCGGAUGUGCCGCUGCCACAAUCCCUGGCACUGCCUGCCCGGCCCCCGGCCCCCGCCGGGAUGGGCUCCAGUCCCAGCCCCUGCGGGUCCCUGCAGGGAUUCGGCUUCAGCGGUGACAGAAGCGGCCCUGGUGAGUCCUGUCUGGGCCCUUCCCUGCCUGGAGCUGUGACAGGGCCCUGGGGGGCACUUUGUGCUGUGUCCCCAGAGCUCCCAGGGUUCCCUCACCCCUAUUCCUCAGCCUGGGAGCCCGGGAUUCUCUCACAUCCCAACCUCUCCGCAGCUUCCACCGGGGAGGCCCUGCUGAGCAGCCUGCAGCGAGCGGCCGAAGCCGUGGCCCAGGCCGUGCUCCCAGCGCCGGGGGGACCCCGGCAGCCUCAGGGGGACCUCCCCGACGACACCUACGAGCCUGUCCGAGCUCCCUCCCCUGCUGGCAGCCCGGCCCCACCGGCCCCGCUGCCCUCUGUCCCCCGCGGGGCCCGAGUGAGCCACCAGCCAGGGCUGGCUGGGGGCGGCUGGGAGGAGGUGGACAGCGGGCACAGCUCCCGGGAAUCCUCGCAGGGACACGAGCGGAGCCGCGCCUCGGACUCAGGCAGCAAAUCCGGCAGUGACAGCCGUUCUGGGGCCAGCCGGGAGCUGAGCCACGGCACUGACAGCAGGGUAGACGCCGACAGCCCCGGUGACUGCCGGCGGGAGGUGAGCCUGGUGUCAGGGCUGACGCGCGGGGCCAGGGUCUUCCUCACCAGGGAGGAGGCUCAGCACUUCCUCAAGGAGUGUGGGCUCCUGAACUGUGAGGUGGUGCUGGAGCUGCUGGGCCGGGCUCUGGAGGAUCCCAGCGACAGCGUCCGCAUGAGAUCCAUGUCCGCUCUCUCCGCCCUCGGCUGCUCCGACCUUCUCUCCCCGGAGCAGAUCUUCGCCGUGACCCGGCAGCACCUGCAGCAGCUCAGCCAAGGCAGCCCUGGGCCUGUGGCCAACCGGGCAACCAAGAUGCUGCGGCAGUUCGAGGCCCUGUGCCGGGCCCAGCCCUCCCCGAAGGCCCCGCGCCUACCCCCAGCCCCCCCGGCAGGCUCGGCCGGGGACCUGCUGAUGGACAUCCCGGCCCUGGCCGGCGAGAGCAUCCUGACCCCACUGAGCCCGGCCCCCCCAGCCCCUGGUGAGGAGCUGGGCGCGGGAGCGGAGCCCCCUGGGGCCACGGUGCCGCCGUGUCCCUGCCAGCAGGGUGGGGGGAUCGGGCUUGGGGGGGACAUGGCAGCCCCUGGGCUGUCCCUGUUCGCUGGGAUGGAGCUGGUGGCCCGUCCUGGUGCCGUAAUCCGGCCAGAGUCGCCAUCAGCACAGCCACAGACACUGCCCCAGCCCCAGGACACAGGCACAGACAUGGGGACGGACACGGAGGGCCCCCGGCAGCCCUCAGCCUUCGCCUUCCUCAACAUGUAGCUGCUGUGGGGUCCCGGGGGCUGCGGGGGCUGUGCCCCCCUCCCUGCGGGGCCUGUGGUGUCCCGGUCCCUCAGGGGGACAUGGGGUGUGAAAGGGUCCCUAGGGGGGACAUGUGGCUUCCAUCAGGUGACAAUGGCCCUGUCCCUGGUGUUCAGGGUGGGCAGAGGGGCUUGGCCAUGGCACCUCUCCUCUGGGCUGGAGGGGAGCCCAGGACCCUCUGGGGCUGAGCUGAGGGUGUUCUGGGGACCCUGGUGCAGCCAUGGGGUGCCCCUGCCCGGCCCCAGCUCCGGCCCAGGCUCUGUGGGGCCGAGGUGGGAGAA